AGUUGUUAUAUGGUGAGCUGGACUAGAAUAACGGUAUUUGCAUUUUGGGUGUCACUAUUCCAGGCCUCAGACGUGGAGGAAUUGAAGUUUCGAUUGAAGUACAACCACAAAUCCGCGAAUGUGGAUAUUGAUAGCUGGCUCUUGGGCAAUCAACCCAAUACGUCCUACGAAAUGGUGAACAUUAACAACCAAGAUUCCAAUGUCGUGUGUUUCCUACCCAACUUGACAGAUGACUCGGUUAUAAAGCAAUUGAGUGAAGAUGAGAGCAAGGAGAUAAGGCCUCAGCGCUCCGACAAGGAAUUGCUCCGGGCGGUGAUGUCUAACUUCACUAGUUAUUUGGAUACCAAGCGGUGCACUUUCACCACCGGAUUGAAUGAUGGAUACUGGACGUAUGCAUAUUGUUUUGGUGAUAAAGUGAUACAAUUCCACGAAGACUUGACGGCGUUUCGUGAAAGCGGGCAGCACAAGCCCGAGAACCCCGACUUUGUCUUUGUGUUGGGAAGAUUCAACGGAAGUCAGUCACAUGUUCCAGAAGUUGUCAAUCAAGGAACACCCGAUUCUCGAGUAAUUAACAUCGAGGACUACGAAAUCAUCAACGAUCCGGUGGUGACGGCCGGGUAUCGGAGUCGAUCUCCCAAGGCGUUGAGGCAUGUUCUCAGAAAUGGAGAAAUAUGUGACUUAACCCAGGAACCAAGGACCAUCGAAGUAAUCUACAGAUGUGCUCAGUCACUGGAUUUUAAAACGUCUGUUUUUUACGUCAAAGAACAGAGGACUUGUGAGUACACGAUGAUUGUUAACGUCCGGGGUCUUUGUGAAGUGGAAGAGUUUGCUCCGUUUGCAGAUGAGAAGGUGGUGGACAUCAUAUGUGAUGUGAAAAACACUAGUAGGGGUUUUGGGUUGGCAGAGUUGGCCGGUAAUGAGUUGGUAUUCCCUCGGCCUAACUCCACGCAAGUGGACAUUCAAGACUUCAAUUUAAUUCCUGGUGGGAAAGGGUUUUUCUGGGGAAAACCCAAACAUCACGGACGGUCAGAGUCCCUAUAUGACAAAAGAUUUGUCGUAUUCUGUGAUAAAGACAUGCGCCUGUUUAUUGAGACUUUUCCAAGAGUGUUCUCCGAUUCUAUGGAAUUCAAACAGGAAUCCCCCUUUCCUCUGGAGGACAAGGACAGGGUUACAUGGGAUGAUACUUUUGUGGCAUGGUACGAAGUGUACAACUAUAGCGGAGAGUUUUUGUUUGUAGUGAAAGUUGCCCGAAAGAACAACUUGCACACUAAAGAAAUCACUAUCCAGUUGGUGGAUCCAUUCACUAUGAUGGACCAAGACGGAGAUCCGGUGGAAGUUUCAAUCCCUGUGGAAUCGAGAGGACUUUACCAUUUCGAGAAGUUUUCCAAAGAGAUUGAGCAGACCAAAACUUUGAUUGUGACAAUGACAGUGCCAGGUCAGUUUGCAGCCGUAACCAAUGUGGCACAGUUAAACGUAUUGUGAUGCUAUUGAAAUUAUUGCAUUUCAAAAAAAUGCUCAUCCCAUCAACUGGUUUUUUUCACACCCAGAAUGACUUAUGACUCCCAAAACUCACACAUAUAUAUAUUAACACCUCUAUAUAAGUCGCUGACCUGUUUUGUUUGUAUAUACCAUCUAUAAUAAACGUAAUUGAUACUCU